AUGCGUUGGUUCACUAUAUCCAGCAUCUACGAAACGGUUCGACCCUUCACGUAUCUGUUGAAAGUUUGUGGUUUAAACUGUGACAACUCCUGGUCGAAGAUACCGGCCAGCCGAAGGAUAUGGAACUCGCUACUAUACAUAGUGCUGUUUAUAGUGUUUUACUCUUACAUUACCUUUGUAACUAUCGUAAUUCUAAGGCUAGACACUUACUACGAGUCGCUUAUUGUAGGCCACACGGAGAAUGUGUUUGCCGUGGUACUGUGCCUGGUCGUUGUUUACUCCGUGGUGUUUGGCUAUGUUUCCCGGAACGAAGUGUCUACCGUUCUGCGGAUGUUGCACGAAGUAGACCGAGAUCUGCUUUGUGUCCAGAUCAGAAUCGAUCAUCAAAGACAGCAUCUUCUUUUGACGGUUCACGGUAUCGUGAGGAGACGCGGCGUGGUGCGUUUUCUGUAC